AUGGCUACUCGUCCCCAGAACAUCGGCAUCAAGGCCAUUGAGAUUUACUUCCCCAGCCAGUAUGUGGAGCAAUCCGAACUCGAGAAGUUCGAUGGCGUUAGCACCGGGAAGUACACAAUUGGCCUCGGCCAGACCAAGAUGAGCUUCUGCGACGAUCGUGAGGACAUCUACUCGUUCUCCUUGACCGUCGUCUCGAAGCUCCUCAAGAACUACAACAUCGACCCCAACUCGAUCGGCCGCCUCGAGGUCGGCACCGAGACCAUACUGGACAAGUCCAAGUCGGUCAAGUCGGUCUUGAUGCAGCUGUUUGGCGACAACACCAACAUCGAGGGCGUCGACACGGUGAAUGCGUGCUAUGGCGGUACUAAUGCCUUCUUCAACGCCGUCAACUGGGUUGAGUCGUCGGCUUGGGAUGGGCGGGACGCCAUUGUCGUUGCUGGAGACAUUGCACUCUAUGCCAAGGGCAACGCACGUCCCACGGGAGGCGCUGGCGCCGUUGCAAUCCUUGUCGGGCCUAAUGCCCCUAUUGUCGCGGAGCCCGGUCUGCGAGGCUCGUAUAUGGCGCACGCCUACGACUUCUACAAGCCCGACCUGACGAGCGAGUACCCAUAUGUUGACGGCCACUACUCGGUCAACUGCUACACCAAGGCGCUCGACGCCGCCUACACUGCCUACUCCAAGCGCGAGGCCCUGCUCACCAAGGGCGCCAACGGGCAUGCCAACGGCAGCGGCCCCCAGGGAGUUCUGAACAAGACACCCCUGGAUCGCUUCGACUACUUGGCCUUCCACGCCCCGACAUGCAAGCUGGUGGCCAAGUCGUAUGCCCGUCUCUUGUACCACGACUAUCUUGCUGACCCCGAGAGCCCGGCCUUCACUGAUGUUCCCCCCGAGGUUCGCGACAUGGACUACGAGACGUCCCUGACUGAUAAGGUGGUCGAGAAGACAUUCAUGACCCUUACCAAGAAGCGCUUCCAGGAGCGCGUCAACCCCGGCAUCCAGGUCGCUACCAUGUGUGGCAACAUGUACUGCGCCAGCGUCUGGGGUGGUCUAGUCAGCUUGCUCUCCCACAUCGACAGCGCCACGCUCCAGGGAAAGCGAUUAGGUCUGUUCAGCUACGGCUCUGGCCUUGCCGCCAGCUUCUGCUCCUUCCGCGUUGUUGGUAGCACCGAGGAAAUCUCGAGUGUGCUGGAUAUCCCCAAUAGACUGGUUGCGAGACGGGCUGUGCCCCCCGAGACAUACGAUGCUAUGUGCGAUCUGAGGAAGCAGGCCCAUCUCCAAAAGGACUUCAAGCCCCAGGGUGAUGCCUCUACCAUUGCCCCAGGGACGUAUUAUCUUGAUAGCGUCGACGCCAUGUUCAAGAGGUUUUAUUCUGUCAAGGCAUAA